AUGGCCCUGUUGCAGUUCCUGCGCCUACUCUUGGUCUCGACCCCCUUCACUGUUGCCAGCCAUAAUGGCUCCUUUGACCGGUGGCAUCCCCCCGGUCAUGGAGACGUCCGCUGUCCCUGUCCCAUGCUGAAUGCGUUGGCGAACCACGACUUUCUACCCGCCAAUGGUAGGGGCAUAUCGCUAGAACUCACGACGCGUGCCUUGAGAGACGGCAUCAACGUUGACCCUUACGUGUCCAAGCUGCUCUUUGACCACGCCAUCAAGACGAACCCUGACCCAAAUGCGGUCACGUUUGACCUUGACCACCUGAACCGCCACGGCAUCAUUGAGCACGAUGCAAGCUUGACGCGACCGGAUAACAGCUUUGGAGAUCCGAGUGUAUUCGACGCCGAGGUGUUUGAGGAAACAUUGCAGUACUGGCCUGACCCCAUCGUCUCCGUAAAACAGGGCGCUGCUGCCCGACUUGGUCGGAUUCGCACCUCAGCAAGCACCAAUGUCGACUUCGAGAUGAGGUUGGAAGACAACUUCCGUGGACUUGGGGAGGUAGCGGGGUUCUACCUGACUCUGGGAGACCGGGUCGCUGGCACGGUGAAUCGCACUUGGUUGACCUAUUUUCUUGAGAAAGAGUUCCUGCCAGUCCAAUAUGGCUGGACGAGACCCCGCGAUCCUAUCACGCUCGAGGCAUUACAGGCGGUCAUGACCAAGGUCUACAAAGCGACCAAGGACAUCAUUGACGAGGAGCGCCACCAAGGCAGCUCCGGACCCAGAAGGGACGCCGACCAGCAGCAUUAUCCUCAUUUCUCGUCCUUGUUAAAAAUGGCGGCAAGCAAGAAUCCCUUUCUGAUUCAGGACGCGACGGCAGGUCGAAGUUACGGCCGCGCCAAAUCGCUCGCAGCUCCUCUCUUUCUUAUCCACGACGCCAGCGGCAACAUAUUUAGCUACCUCAAGCUGGGUUUGCUGGGGGGCACUCGCAUAGUAUACGGCAUAAGCGAUCCUCAUUUCGGGCAUGAAGGUGGUGCCUGGCUGAGCAUCGAUGAAAUGGCGCUACAUUAUAUCAAACUCGUCAAGAAAGUCAUGCUUCGAGGUGACAUUCUUCUAGGAGGGUGGUCGUUUGGGGGUAUCGUUGCCAUUCAGAUGGCCCACAUGCUCGCCGCAGAAGGCCGAGGCCUCGUAUGCUCUGGCCUGAUCCUGAUCGAUACCAUCUACCUUUCGCCGUCCCGCUCUCUCGGCUCCGACGCAAACUCUAACCUUGCGCCCUCAAUGCCCGCCAACGUAACGCCAGACACUCGUGACGAAAUCCUAGUCUCGCUGGUGCGCUGCCACGUGCUCUGUUCGUCGUGGUCGCCACCCUCGUGGGCCUGCCGCCGAGCUCCACGGGCGGUGCUCAUCAAGGCCGCGGAUCCGAUUUCGGGCCAGCUCGCAGGCCAGUCCGAGCAUAUCGGAGACCGCGAGCUUACCGGAGACCGAAAUCUUACUUUGUGCAGGUUGGACGCCCAGCGCCAUCAUGUCGAUCUUGGAUGGAACGAGACGCAGCCUGGGCUUGUCACAGCUGUCAUCGACACGCCGGGGCACCACUACGCCCUGUUUUCUGAUGAGAAUAUACUAUCCACAACUGAAUCACUCAAGCAAGCCCUCGGACUUCUGGAGGGCGACCAAGAACAAUGA